AUGCCUGACACGACAGACGCGAACGCACGUGCGCACGUGACGCCACGGUUGCUGAUCCCUGUCGCCGAUCCCGAACUUUCAUAUUCAACACCACCACUUAGCAUCAUCACGUCCUUCCCCGUCUUUACGAUCCACACACCACCCCAAAGCCGAAAAGAAAAACGCGAUAAAAAGAGGACACAAAAAUACAACUCCGCUCAGCCGACCCCAGCAACUACCGACAACGAAUCCUCCCCUCCACUCUCCAAAAAACCACCAAACCACCCACCAAAAGUCAAAAACCGCCCAGAUCCCGCAAUUGGUUGCGAAACCACCCUCCUCACAACCAUGCGACCCACAAUACCCCUUCAAAAAUCCUACCCGCUCCUCAUAGCCUCAAUUGGCAACCCAGGCCCCACGUACUCCAACACUCUCCACUCAGCCGGCCACAUCGUAACCAGCCACCUCGCCACGAAGAAAAACUACCGGCCCUUCACCAAGGGAUUCUCAGGCCUAAUCUCCCAACCAGACACAUCACACUACUCCUUCAGCGUCAUUGGCGGCUACACCAAAGUGCGCGACGGCGCCGCCCCUCCACCCGAAGAUGAAGACUGGACAUUUUGGCAAUCCACCAGUCUCAUGAACAUCAGCGGCAUAGCCCUGAAGCGCGCAUAUACCCAAUGGGUCCAAACGAAAAGUCUAAAGCGCGAAGAGGCCCGCCUGGUGGUUGUGCAUGAUGAGUUGGAGUCGGAGCUCGGCAAAGUGACGGUCAAACUGGGCGCGGCGAGUGCAAAAGGGCAUAAUGGGAUCAAGAGCUGUCAACAGCAAUUGGGCUCCAUGAAGUGGUGGAGGGUAGGCGUGGGGAUCGGCAGACCCGAGAGUAGAGAUCCGCAAGUUGUUAGUCGCUAUGUGUUGGGCAAGAUGAGUGGGGGGCAAAGAAAAGCGCUCGAGGGGAGCGCGUUGGCGGUCUUUGAGGCGCUGGAGGCGAUUGCGUCGGGAGAGAAGUGA